CAACAUGCAUUUCGCGACGUGCCGCUGCUACCAGCACUCUUAGUGAGUUACGGACUGCAUGCAGUCGCGCGUCGAGCGUACUGGCGGCUCUCGGUGUGUCUUUCCAUUUCGCUUCGCUGUUUCUUGCAUCUGCCUUAUAACUGCCGCGCGUCCGGGUUUCUCAUCUCUCAUCUCGACUCGACUCGACUCGCGUCGCGUCGCGUCGCGUCUCGACGUCGCGAAUCGACGUAUAUCGCAAGAUCGCGACCUUACCUGCGAGCGAGACAGAAUCCGAGGCAGAAUCGUCCGUCGUUGGAGCCAGCUCGACGCAGCAAGGGGUAAAAGUAAAGCGCGCCUAUACACAUUCGCGCACGGAAGGAAGAAACUGCUGAUCCGACAGUGAGAGAGAGAGAGAGAGAUAGAUAGAUAGAGAGAGAGAGAGAGAGAGAGAGAAAGAGAAAGAGAGAGAGAGAGAGAGAGGACGGUAUAUGUGUAUAUGACAAGUAGGUAGGGACGAGAGACUUGCUGAGACGUAGUGCGCGUGUGCAGUGUAUGCGCGCGCGACUUUAUCGCCCGCGUUUUGUUGUGCUACGAACUUUCAGUGCACAUACUCGCGACGUCCGUUCGUUGCUCAGUUUCGUCGAUUCGUCCGCGCGACUGUUCGCCCGCAUAUCGCCGUGAGAACUGUGGCAGCGGUUACAACAACAACGACGACGACGACGACGACGACGACGACGACGACGACGACUUCAUCGCAAGGCCGUGGGAUGUUUCGCAACGCAACUCGUCGUUCUAAUUGAGGAGGCACGCAACGGUUUAUCAAGAGACGGACGACGGAGACUAAAAGCGGGUGAGAGAUAAGAACAGGAGACGCGCGAAAAAGGGGGACGAGAAAAGUGGCAAAGAGGGGAGGACUGUCCAUUUCCGGGGGCGGAGACUUCCUGCCGCGCAUUUGCCCCUCUUCCUCCCUCCCUCCUUCCUCGCUCGUUCAUAUAAACGUACCUUGGCGUACGUACGUACGCGCACGUGUGUGUGCGUAUGUGUGUACGUGCGUGCGCGCGCGUGUGUGUGUGUGUGUGUGUGUGUAAGAUGCACCGCCCGUAUGCGUGAGAGAAGAUACGUAACGGAACGACGCGCCGCAGCAAUUCGCGCUCUGUCGUAAGGUCGUUGAGACGAGAGUGCGCGCACGUGUAAUACUGCGGCGUUUCGGCCGGUCGCGUGCUAGCGCAAACGUUCCACACGUUGCGUUUUAACGUACGAUCGAGCGCCCUGGGAACGCCGGGAUCUCGCGUGAUCGGCGGAUUGCAACAGUGUUGCUCGCAUGUGACGAGACACAGCGAACUAGCCAGCCAGCCAGCCAGCUAGCGUGGUGAUCCUCGCCGCGACACCGUCAAUUUAUUUCCCGGUGUUUCAUCGUGGAAGGGACAGCCGCCGAGAGAAGCAGGAGAAGAGGGGAGGUGGCGUCACGCGCGACCAGAGGCAGCGAGGUAGCAAGGACACUUGGAUGUCAACACUGAGAGAAUCGUUUCACGGGCUGCAACUUUUUAUACGUACGAUAACGAUAUAAACCGCGAUUUCGUUUGUGAGAUUACUCACCAACUUUGUCGUCCAACUCAGUUUCGGUUAACGUCGGCGAGAGAGAGAGAGAGAGAGCGAGAGAAAGAGAGAGAGAGAGAGAGAUCCGAUUACGAUCACUCCCCUCGGUCGUGUGAAGGCAGACGCGAGAUCGGUAGUACGGUCUUUUCGUCCAGUGGAUACAGAGGAUAGAGAUUCAAUAAGAAUCCGAAAGAGAUGAACGUCAUGGAUAACGAGGAUACGAACGGAUCUGAGCCAGCGGAAUCGAACACAUCCUCGGUGGGCACGCGGACACCACCUGGUUGUGCGCGAUGCCGCAAUCAUAACGUGAACAUCGGCCUCAAGGGCCACAAGAGGUACUGCAAGUACCGGUACUGCAUGUGCCGCAAAUGCACGGAAACUUUGGCUCGCCAGAGGAAGAUGGCGAAGAAGACGCGUCAACAAAGAGCGCGCAAGCAGGACGAGCAUAGGAAGCUCACUGGAAGAUUGCCCGAAGAGCAGGUGGAUCCAUCGCCUUCCGAUGUAGAGGAUACACCCGAACCUGUGGAGAAGAAACGAAAGAAUGACAACCUCGAGAUUUUACUUCAGUACAGUCUCAAGGAGAUGUACCACUUCCGCAUUGCCUGGCCGUUGAUGUCCUUAGUGACCACCAUCGUCAAAUAUGGCCAGGAAUACGCUUCAGAGGCAGACAUAGCAGAGGCCAUCAGCCGUAUAUCUCGAGUUCCAAUAAUUCGUCACGCGAAAAUUAUUCAUCAGAUCAUCGUGCGGACCGUAAUUUUGUCGUUUCUCGUACAUUUGUUUCCACCUUGAAUUUUGUACUUGCAAUUGCUAAAUUUUUCCGAACUUGGCGUCAUCCUGCCGCAUUUGUUUGGCGCGUUUUUGAUCGAACACGUUUCAGCCAUAUAACGCUGUAUGUUCGGUAAAUCGGAAAAGAUCUGUCGAUGUAAUGUUCAAAAGUUUUCGACCGUACUCGUCAAGCAGCAAGCAUUCCAUAACGCACCACGUUUAUGCGUUUGAACAUUGAUACGAACGUGACUGGAAGCAGCGCAGCAACAACUCGAAGAUACUUGUGUUAUUCGCGGAUGUCAGAAUGAUUGAUAGUAUUGAAGUUGGUCGAGGUUGCGAGAGCUACUUGCUUUUGGCAAAUCUUGGGUCUUCAAAAACAUCGCGCAUGACUGUAAAAUACUUGAAAACAUCAAAAUUGCAUUAACGGUACCAUCGCAGACUUUGCUAAAUCAGUAAUUUGCGAAAAAAAGAAUAAGUCAUUUUGAAAGAUGAUCAUACCUUAAUGGUAAAGCAACUGUAUACACAUAUUGUCUGUUUUAAAUCGUCACACUGGAAUUAUGUCAUAGAAGAGAAUUUGCGAUAAAUCAAUUCGUAUCAAUUCUGGCGUAUCCAACGCCAAUGACUAAUCUCGACUAAAAAUCGUGCGUGUGUUUGAUUCCUUAUCUCUUUCUUACACUGACAAGGAACGAUCGGGGGCGUCCCUCACCGAUUUGAAUGGGCAUUGGAUAUGUUGUAGAGGAUCAAAAAAUAUUAGACACGUAUUUUUUUAUAUGUACUUAUCUCGAGGUUUAGGGGUUGAAAUCACCCCUUGAAAAAAACGGAUUUUUUCGUUUUUAUCAAAUAUCUUCUAAAAUAUGAGAGAUAUGAAAACAUAGUAAAUGUAAGAGUUUUACAGUAUUUGAUGCUCUUUGCACCUGUCAAUUCAAAUUUUUCAAAAUAUCAAAUUUACCCUCCCCGCUCUCCCCUCCACUCCACAUUAUUUUCGCAAAUUUCAAAAAUUUUGUGAGAACAAAAAUUAAAGAGCAUUGAAUUCCGAAUCCAUCCAUAUAUAAUAAUAAUAUGAUUCCUCGAUUCAAUUUUUAGAAAAACAGUACGAUGACAUCGUGGUAGGCACUGCACUGUGCGAGUAGGUAGUAGGUACUGUUACGUAGCGUUCUUUCUCUUCAGUUGCGCUAUGCUUAAUAACUAUCUGUGCAUAAUUUAUCCUACUGCAAGAUGAAAACGAAUUAAUUGUAAUAUGUCAUGUAUUAUACAAAAAAAAAGCAGUGAGUACGGAUAAAUGUGCUUAUGUGGCAACAGUGUGCAGCAAAUGCGUGUGCAGCGUCGCUAUUUGUACAGAAAUUUCCAUUGUAUAUUUCUAUAUUUCUUGAAAUAAGUAUGUUUAUUGCAAUGGCAAGUCGACACACGAUCAAGACGAAUUAAAAUAAAGUCGUAAUGUAUGAAAUAAGGGAAUACAGAUUCUAUUACCUCUGCAAGAAAGAGCAAGCGUGCGAUAUGAAAAUAUAACACAGCAUUAACAAUUGCUAAACAAUAUAUAACAAAGAGCUUAAAUACUAAUUACGGAAUAAUAAUGUAGAAGAACAGGAUAGAGAGGAAUAAUAUAAUAAAUUGUGGAAGAAUAAUACUGGCAAUAAUAUAUAUUUAACAAUAUAUGUGAUAAAGAAACAGUACACAAUUUACAUAUGAACACGCGCGCGAAUAAUGAAUUUGUAUUAUUUUUAUGGUACAUAUUCGUUGCAAUGGUGAUGAUUAUGGAAAAAAUGUGUCAUACACAAUGAUUUUUUACACCAAGAACAAGUAAUUAUAGCAGUUUGGCCACAAAUAUCGCAUUUUAUGUUUAAAUCACUUUGGAAGCAACACCGGUUUCAACCGGUGUUUGAAACUCUGUUGGUCCAGUCUGUAUAUAUCCACUUUUAAAC